GCACACUGAUCGUGUCGCUCGACGAUUCUGUUUCUGUAUCGAUUAUUCACGGCUGUGGGCUGAUCUGAAUCGAGCUGAUCCCGGUUGAGCGCUUUUUUCCUGAUCACGAAUAGCGCUAUUAAACUCUGCAUCUGCACUGAAGGUGCAGUAGAGAGUGCCAUGCAGGAAGGAGAGGAGAGGAAGUGAGGCGAUGGGCUGCACCUCAGCCAAGCAGUUGUCAUCUGUACCCAGUGAUGAAGAGGGCCGGGGUAAGGCCUACAGCAACGGAGAUGCCUUCUCCGAUGAGUAUAAACUGAAAGGAGUUGAGAAGGUGAAGUACAUGCAUGGAGAAGAGGAGCGGGCGAACUCACGAAACCAAGAGAACUUGGAAAAGAGCACACUUUUGCACAAGGGCAGGCAUAAAGAUGCCACCGGAAAUGGUAAUAAGAUAAGUAUCCACUCUUCGGAGAGCCAGCAGGAGUUCUUCAAGAUGCUGGAUGAGAAGAUUGAAAAGGGACGGGACUACUGCUCGGAGGACGAGGAUAUGACAUAGCAUGCCGAGACGUUUGAUUCGGGCCAACAUUGAGUCAAUCCUGUCCCAAAGUUCCUUACGACUCCUUUUCAUGCCUCCUUACCCAACGGGUACUAAUCUUCAAGAGCGUGGGGUUAAAUGACUUUCAGCCCUGUUAUUCACUCCGUUUACAGUCCACACUCUCCCAAAUGUCUUACAGGUCAGUAUUUGAGACUCUUGAGGACUAGUAUUUAAACGGUAGGGGGGCACAGAAAGGCCACGGUUAAGGAGACUUGGGAUUUGGCCCAAGUUUUGAAUGGGAAAGCCAUUUUCAGACUGUUCCUCAAUCCCUUGCCUUACACUACCCAUAAGCCUUCUCCUACUCAUAGACUACAUUCAGUGGAGAGAGCCAUGCAGAG